ACAGCGCACUACACUAGCAAUGCGAGCGGCGCACGUGGAACGCCAACUCUCCCGGAGACUUUAAAAAAAAAAAAUUGUUAAAAUAUAUUGUAUUUGCUGGAUAUACAGUUUAACACAGCUUACAAUUAUGUUUCGUUAGUAUUGUGUUUAUUCCGAACAAGAAGCUGUACUGUAUCUUCAUUAAGAACUCUGUACGUUUGAGCUCGCGCUAUAUUAAUAGUGAGAAUGUGGGCGCUGUCAGAGUAAUUUUUAAGUCACUCCACAUCAUUUGAGGUCAUUAUGGUGGACAAGGGUCCCCUUCUGACGUCGGCUAUCAUUUUCUACCUGUCCAUUGGGGCAGCAAUAUUCCAAGUCAUCGAGGAGCCAAACUGGGAGAUCGCAGUAAAGACUUAUAAUGCAGAAAAAGAGAAAAUAUUGAAACAAUACCCAUGUCUUACAAAGGCUGACCUGGACCACAUUCUAGAGGUGGUGUCUGAUGCUGCAGGACAAGGUAUCACCAUCACAGGAGACAAAACCUUCAACAACUGGAAUUGGCCCAAUGCUGUCAUCUUUGCAGCUACAGUUAUUACAACUAUAGGUUAUGGAAAUAUUGCUCCCAAAACACCUUCAGGGAGGGUUUUCUGUAUCUUUUAUGGUCUUUUUGGAGUGCCGCUGUGUUUCACCUGGAUUAGUGAACUUGGAAAGUUUUUCGGUGGAAGAGCUAAACACCUUGGGCAGUAUCUUACUAAGAAAGGGGUAACAUUGCGGAAAACACAGUUUACCUGCACAGCUGUCUUUCUAUUAUGGGGUGUGUUGGUGCAUUUGGUGAUUCCUCCAUUUGUAUUCAUGUCUCAAGAAGGCUGGACCUAUAUUGAGGGCUUGUAUUUUUCUUUUGUCACUUUGACAACUAUUGGAUUUGGUGAUCUUGUAGCAGGUGUUGACCCCAAUGCUGACUACCCUACUCUGUAUCGGUACUUCGUAGAGGUAUGGAUUUAUCUUGGUCUGGCAUGGCUCUCUUUGUUUUUCAAUUGGAAGGUGCGCAUGGUUGUGGAGGCUCACAAAGCUCUAAAGAAGCGUCGUAAAAUGCGCAGACUUUCUCUGGAUGAGUUACAGCGCAUCAAGGAAAGUCACAAGACCCUACAUCUGCCACCAACUCCCAAUGAUGUCAACAUCUUUAGCUUCCUGUCCAAGAAAAAACAAGGUUACAAUGACUUAAUCAAGCAGAUAGGUGCAGAGAAGGAAGGAGAAGAUCAAUGUGUCAGCUUCAUCGCCGCCAGCAAGAAUAAAACCCCAAACCGCACAAAGAGCUGCAGUGAUAGUCUUUCCAUUAAUGGAAAUUCCAUUCUCAGUCUAGACCGCUCACCUCGACAGAAGCGCCGCUAUAGCUUCAGUGACAGAGUUACAGUAGCUCUCUCAAAAUCCAGGAGCUAUCUUCUUAGCCAAGAGGAAUGUUUUCUCAUGAAUGAAAUGCAUGGAGAAGCAGAGACAGACACUGACCUAGACUGUAUUAGAGUGUAUGAGAAUCAGCUGGACAAGGAGGCAGGAGAGAACCACAAAGGUUUCGAAACUGGAGGCUGCAGUGAUGGCCAGAUCUCCAAAAGUUGGGACUCCAAAAGUUACCAGAACCUCAUGUUUCCCAAUGCCAACAUUACUUUCAUUGAUGAAGAGAAUUUGCUAAACAACAACCUGGAGGAUGAUGAUAAUGACUUUAUGCCUAAGUUCUCAACUGCAGAUAAGACGGAUUUCAAAGAGGAACAGGGUUCAGAAUCUGAGACCUCCGUAUUCACCACAGAUGGGUCGGACCAUGGCCACUCCUAUGAACAGUUGGUGGAGGAAUAUUCAAAAGAGGACAACACUGACAUUUGAUCCUGUCUCCUUUCUUGAACCUCAGUAAAGUUUUUUUCUUUCAUGAAAAACCUAAAAUUAUUGUGAAAACGUAUAUAAGCUGUGAGUAAAACCUUAAAAGCCUUUUUCUUUUUUUCUGUCCUCCCCCCCAAGUGAUACAACAGAUGUGUCUAAGCUGCAGGGUUUAAGAUUCACUAAGAACUGGAUCACUAACAAUGCAUGUUCACUGCAUGUUGUUUUUCCACCAUAUUGGUGGUUUUCUUUUUUUUUUUUUUUUUUUUUUUUUUUUUUAGACAAAGAAAGAGGGUAAACUGUCGUUUUGUCAAUUGUCCUUAUUGGAUGUUAAACCUAUUUUUUUAUUCUAUUUUAUAACCAUAUUGACCUGUUAGGUUUUAACUUAUGUUAAAUGGUAUGUCAUGAUUUGACUUUUUAAAAGUUUUUUUUUUGUGAUUUUUAUUCCAAGUCUUUUAUUGAUGCAGACAUUUUGUUUUAAUGUUCCUAAAAUGUGUUCUUAACUAAUCCAACUAUCCAAAUAUAAUCUUAAUAUUUAUGGUCUUCUGGACUGUAAAUACGAUGAUAAUUCACACUGAAAAACUCUAUUGGCUUUUCUUGGUGUCCCUGUCAAGUCAAGAAUUUGGUGGUUGAAUUCGCCCUAUAUAACAGGAAAUCACCAAGAUAACAGGAAAUUAUUACAGUGUUAGCUUUGCUAACAUAAUAAUGAGUGUUUUGGUGUCUGACUCAUGUGUUGACAUUAUGCUGGUUCCAUGUUGACAUAAAACCAACAUACAAAAUAUGAAAGGGGGGGAUGAAAAGCCUAGCUGAGGUUCCCUUCAUCGCAAUGAAAGCAAUGUUUUCUUAUAUGGUCCUCUUGUGUCCUGCUACUGAAUGCCCCUGGUGUGUAGAAAGUUGCAUCCUGAGUCACUUUCCAGUUGCAGAUGUAAUUGUGUUAUAAGAGUUACCUCUCUUAAUCUCUCUUAAUCUUUAAUUAUUUUUAUUAGUUUUUUUUUUUUUC